AUGGGUUCCGGAUCUUGUGAUGUGAGACGCGGCAGAAAGGUAAACAAGUGUCCUGGAAAAGCGGAGAAGGCCGAACGGCUCGUUCUGCGAUUCUCUACCAUCCAUACUCUACCAUCCAUCCAUGAAGCCAGACUAAGACUGGCUGCCUCCGACAACUACUAUGUAAACAACGACGAGAGUGCGAAAGAAGGGAAAAGAGAAAGAUCGAUAUCAUCCGCCCACUGCACUGAAACCACAAUUGGAUCUCACGCUUGCUCACCCACUUCAAACUCGCGUCGAUACCUGGCAAGAGCAAGACAGAGAGAGCAAGGAGUCGCAAAGCGCGAAGACCGAAAACUCGAACGAAGAGAAGAGGAGAGGAAAGAUUUUGGAGCUUGGAAGUUGGAAGUUGGAAGUAGGAAGAGCGCGGGGGUUCGGCUCUGGGGUUGCUUGCGCGUCGGGUCUAUCGGUCGUUGCCUCGAAGUCCACCUUCGAAGCUCUGAAGAUAGGACCAAUGUGGGAAGAAAGAAACCGUGGGGCGAUGAGCCUGCCUUGGUUGACGUGGAAUUUCCUACUGGCAAACCUCUCUCAGGCCGGACAGUUGCCCACCGGCCUGUUCGUGGGAAAAGCGUACCAUUGGAACGUCCCAACGUUCCUGUGCGAGCCGUACUUCCUAGAAGUCUUAAAGUGACGAGUACAUCGGAAUUGCCAGAAAAUUCAGGAUUUCUCUGGCAGCGACGUCUUGGUGAACACGGCAGAGCUAGUGGCGGACCCACCUUCCUACUCGAGAGCGAAGUAAACAAAUCAGAAUAUAGGGGAAACGAAAAGCGCUUCACUUCCCACCAAGCAUCUCGUCUAUCGACAAGCUAUACGAGAACCCCUUCCGAUCUCUGCUGCAAUUUCUCCAGGAUACGAUCUCUCUGGCUUCACUACUCAAGACCGCUCACAGCAUCGCAAAGCGUGCCGCAAAGCACCACCAAUCCGACAGCCGCAAAAUCAAAAGGGUUAAAAUUAGCAAGGACCGAGAUGGCGACCCCAAGAGGCCAGAGAGAUAGCGGCUAUACUCUCCUAGCACCCUCCCGCCAUCGCGAGAAGCGAGUGGUACGGGCCCCGCCGACCAGCCGAGACACCACACGGUACGAGGCAAGGAAGUCUGGACAGGGUGAGCGGUCGUCAUAUCCACGAGCACAUCUAUGCAGACGACGCGAAAGCAAACUCGUGAGAGCUGGCCCAGACAGCUCCCCAGACCUCAGAGCCGACCCUCUGGACGCGAACGGGAGUGUGGAGCCCGCGGAGACCAUGACGCCCGAGUUAACGGAUCGAAGCCAAGGGAUACAAGGGAGUGAACAACGCGCUCCCAAACAGCAUUGA